AUGGUGUCGUGGAUGAUCUGUCGCCUGGUGGUGCUGCUGUUUGGGAUGCUGUACCCAGCUUAUGCUUCCUACAAGGCUGUGAAGACCAAGAACAUUCGUGAAUAUGUCCGAUGGAUGAUGUACUGGAUUGUCUUUGCACUCUUCAUGGCGGUGGAGACCUUCACGGACGUCUUUAUUUCCUGGUUCCCUUUCUACUACGAGAUCAAGAUGGCGUUUGUGCUGUGGCUGCUUUCGCCCUACACCAGGGGGGCCAGCAUGCUUUACCGGAAGUUUGUCCACCCAUCCUUGUCUCGCCAUGAGAAGGAAAUCGACACCUACAUUGUGCAAGCCAAGGAGCGCAGCUACGAGACGGUGCUCAGCUUUGGGAAGCGGGGCCUCAACAUUGCUGCCUCCGCUGCUGUGCAGGCUGCCGCUAAGAGUCAGGGUGCACUGGCCGGGAGGCUGCGGAGCUUCUCCAUGCAGGACCUGCGCACCAUCCCCGAUGGCCCCGCCCCCACCUACCAGGAUCCCCUCUACCUGGAGGACCAGGUACCCCGCCGCAGGCCACCCAUCGGGUAUGGGGCAGGGGGCCUGCGAGACAGUGACACCGAUAAUGAGUGUUGGUCCGACACAGAAGUGGUCCCCCAGCCACCAGCCCGGCCCCGAGAGAAGCCGCUGGGCCGUAGCCAGAGCCUGCGUGUGGUCAAGAGGAAGCCUCUGGCCCGGGAGGGCACCUCACGCUCCCUGAAGGUUCGGACAAGGAAAAAGACCGCACCCUCAGACAUGGACAGCUAG